AGCAUCAUUUUCAGGAUGGUGGAUGUCGGAGGGCAAAGAUCAGAGCGCAGGAAGUGGAUCCACUGCUUUGAGAACGUCACAUCUAUCAUGUUCCUGGUUGCCUUGAGCGAAUACGACCAGGUCCUUGUGGAAUCUGACAAUGAGAAUCGCAUGGAGGAAAGCAAAGCGCUGUUUCGCACAAUCAUCACCUACCCCUGGUUCCAGAACUCUUCAGUCAUUCUGUUCCUGAACAAGAAGGACCUUCUGGAGGAGAAGAUCAUGUACUCUCACCUGGUGGACUACUUCCCUGAAUUUGACGGUCCGCAGAGGGACGCCCAGGCGGGCCGCGAGUUCAUCCUGAAGAUGUUCGUGGACCUGAACCCGGACAGCGACAAGAUCAUCUACUCGCACUUCACCUGCGCCACAGACACCGAAAAUAUCCGCUUCGUCUUCGCGGCGGUCAAGGACACCAUCCUGCAGCACAACCUCAAAGAGUACAACCUAGUGUGAGAGAGAGAGAGAUCGAACGAGAGCGAGACACCUGCAGCCCACACACAGCCGAAAGCACUACACACCUCACACGCAGAAACACACCUUCACCCCCUUUAGGCACUGGAUCUUCACAUAGUCCUUUUCUUUGCCUGUUUUCUCCUCUCUUCCUGAGUGUCGACCCCUCCAGCCGAUAGCUUUAUCAUCCAAUCUUCCUCAAACACGAAGGCUGGGCCGUUAAAUCGGUGCCUAAUGACAAAGAGCAUUCGUUUGCUCUGUAGAUGGGCUGUAAGUGGGCUCUACCUGAAUGAAACUGAGGUACGAACUUAACGGAAACCCUCGGUGGAUCGUCCGUCCGUAACGAAGAGUGGGCGACAUUCUUGAAGGACUUCACCUUGCACCACUGAAGUUAACCAGGUGUUAGUUGUGCAAUCACAUGCUAUAACACUAGAGGUGGAGGUGAUUUGAUUUAAUACUAUUUUAGGAGUGAUGUAUAGAGAUUUCCCAUCACUACUGGAGAAGAGAUGGCACACCAUGUGACUUUUUCGUAAUGAGUAAUGAAAGCCACCAGUUGUUUUUUUUUUUUCAAAUUGCGUUCCCGAAAUUGUUUCGAAAAAAACCCCAGUUCGCUUGUGUAUCCACUAUAAAUUUAUCAUUCAGGCAGCGAACUGUUUCCUCCAGUCUGAUGUUUGCCAGUAUUGGGUGUUUAAUCAGUAUAAUUAAAGGGAUCCAGCUAGUAUUCAAAGAUAUUUACCGAAAGAUUGUGAUUUGUUUACAUGCUUCGUCACAUCAGUUUUGAAUCUUUGACCGAAGGAAUCAAAUAAACGCCUUUCCUAGCCGAUUCAUUCAUGUUUUACUCAGUAUAGCAUUCAAUAUCCAGUGAUUUAAAUGUUCGUAGACUCGACGCAAAAGUGCUAUAUAGGGUGAAAUCCAUUUAGUUUGUUUUAUUUAUGUAAUUUAUGGACCAGAUAUGUAAUUAGUCUGACUCAUUUUUCCAACUAAAUUUUUGAGUCUCUUCUGCUGUAAAAAAUCCAUUGGCAAGUGAUCUUUUCUUUUUGGUAUUUCGUAAAUCGAUUGUCGCCGUUCUGUUAUUUUUAGUUUUCCCGAAUAUUUGAAACGCUUGAAAAUGGAGAGUUGAAUUUCCAUUUGAUCAACAUCGCUUUAUGCAAAUAGGAAAUUGAGAAUUUUAUCAGUGGUUGAAUUCUUAACUGGUCUCUGCUUGCGUUGUUUUUUGAGAGUUCGCACUUGGUUUCGUAGUACCAUAUCUUAGUUCUCGCUUAAUUGAGCUUUUUGGACUCCAUAGCUAGCUGGCUUUUUUGGGGAGGGGGGAUCUUUAUGAUGUAAUUCAGGUGAGUUUUCAUACUUUUCAUUACAAGGGCUAAUUGUGGGCGGAGAAUGAAAGGACUCUAUGAAGACGAUAGAGCAAUAGGUACGUAGAGGAAUCAGGGACAGUGCGGGUGACACCGCGGGAGUUGCUGUUUUCCGUAGGUUCAGCUUGCAGUGCAUCCAGGGAGCACCUUCGGAGAUCUUCGGAAAAUGUAUGCUAUUUCUUGCCGCAAAUCAAACGACUUCGAAUGGGCUGUUUUGAUUUUGUAAGUUUAGGAAGGAAGAAUUCGGUGGCGGUUAUGUCACACGUUUCCCUUUGCCAUGUUUGGUUUCGGGGGCUAUGACGGAAUUGCGUUUGAGUCCUGUUUACUCAUUUAUCGUACACUUUUUGUCUUUUUUCUUUUUUUUCCUCCCAGCCGACUGGCUAUGAAUUUAUCGCACAUUAGCACUCGUACAGUCUUAUUGGCUUCGUUCGUAUUAUUGAAACGACAUGGCUUGAGAGUAGCAGAAUUUGAAAAAAAUCACAAGAUCUAACGUAAUGAUAUAGCAAAAUAUUUGAAUCACAAUGGUCACUUAUUGGCGCGACUUAUUUUUUUUGAACUAGUAAUUGAAUGUAUUGUAGGAGGAUUCUUUUUUUUGUGAUUACUUUUGUGAAUUACUUUGGAAGUGUAGUUUUGAAGGUGUAUACGCAAUUUUCCCUGUAUAUUUGCAGUUUUGUUGCGUUUAAUUAAUCCUAUAAGCCUUCUUUACAUAUACAUUUGGACCUUUUAGUGCAUUUUACGAAUUGUUUGCCAAAUUGCGAACUUUUUUUCUUUUUUCCUUGUUUAACUAAUCAAUCCUCCCGUGCCAGGCCAGUUAAGCUGCUUUUUUUUUUUAAUAAAUUUUUUUUAUAGUUUCUCAAACAUCCAGAUUUGCAUACCGUCAUUCUUCUGGGCGCGGCUUCACACUUCAUUCAUUUUAAACUGCGUUUACUUGGGUGGGAUGGUACUAUCAGUCACCAUAUACCAAUUUCAAACCGUUUCGUUGUUGUACAAGUAGUGGACCUGCAAAUUUACGACGGCAUUUUUGAACACGUGAACGUUUAAAGCUUUUGUACGUACUAUGGCUUUCAUUUCGAAGGGCUAGUUCUAAUCUGAGAAACGCCUUUCUUUAUCCAACAGAAACACUACAGCUAGUCAUUUCGUACCAAUUAAGUCCACAAAACAUUGUGCAGAUGGUAUAAGUAGCUUUAAUAUCCUGUUCCGCUGGUGUUUAAGGUUUUCUUUGGUCGUUCUCAACAAUUUGUGAUGAAGUUUGGUAUGUUUUUCCUCCCUGGGUUAAUGCACUGAACCUACUCUGCAGUAAUGGAACGAACUCCACUCAUGUGAUAUAUCUGUUCCUCCAAAAUUGUUCCUGGUACUCUGAGAGAUGCAGACACUAAUGAAUAGAAAUGACGCUUUCGCUUGAGGUCCACACUGACGUGAUGGAUGCAUACAAUAUGAAGCUGUCUUUACUUUCUUUUUUUAUUUCUGACGUCGAUGCAUUACCUAAACACUUGUAUGUAGGACACUUUAAUAUAAUACAUUUGUUUUUGAUAAAACAGCUAAAAUAAACUUUUGUGUAGUGGUGUAUAAAAUCAAAGUAUUGUAUUACUUUGUAAUGUAUUUCUUGUUCGGUUGGUUGCUCUUUAUUUUAUUUUAUUUUUUUAAGCAUACCAAAUGUAAAUGAUGUACUAUAUUGAGUGUGCCAAUCCCUUUGAUUUGUAGAGCCAGACUCUUUACAAGUGCCAAUGUUGUGGAAAUCAUUUAAAAAGGACUUGUGUAUUUUAUGGUCCGGUUUUUAAAAACAAAUAAACAUUAAGUAUGUGAUUAUGGUAAAUGCGCAACAGGAAAAGGACAAUUUUAUUCUGUAUUUAAGAUUAAAGAUGACAAACUGCUGUUUUUAAAAGAAAUGACAUUUUAAUUGCAUGUGUUUGUUUUCAGGCGGAGAGGGUCGGGUAAAGGAGAAACCGUAUUAACGCGAAACCCUGCUGACAAGGGGCUUAAUUAUUGCUCAUUUACAGUAUUUUAGACAUAUUUCUCUUUUUGUAUGUUUCAUUUCAACCACUUUUGCCUGAACCUCAUUCAUACAUGAAAAUGACUUUCAUAGCCUUCUCCUUUAAAGAAAAAAAUAUCCAUUUGAAAUUGGAAUAAAAUUUGUUCCUAUAUGUUU